AUGGCCAACUUCUUCGUGAUUUUGAUAUCUCUUGUUGUGGCACUUGGCGGGUUUGUAUACGGUGUGGAUUCAGGUUCGGGAAUCAUUGCAACCACUCUUGGUCAUGACACAUUCAAAUAUGCCAUGCUAGGCCCAACCGGGGCUAACGCCUCCUUGACAGGUGCUAUUGUGUCUUUGUAUAAUGUCGGACAGGCCGUCGGAACAUUUGCGGCAGGAUAUUUGGCCAACAAAUUAAGUCGACGUUGGACAAUUUGCAUCAGUGCUGUGAUCGCCAUCAUUGGCGGUAUUCUGCAGACUGCCGCUAUCAAUGCCGACAUGAUGAUUGCUGGUCGAUUCUUUGCAGGAGUCGGUUGUGGCAUUAUGCUUACCAUCGUGCCUGUCUAUAUCGCCGAGGUCUCACCUCCCGAUCAACGCGGCACGAUCGUUGGUCUCCAGGGAUUUAUGAUCGCCAUUGGCUUUUUUGCAGCGAAUUGGAUCGGUUAUGGGGGUGCCUAUGCAACGGGGGAUGCUCAAUGGAGAAUACCCCUGGCCAUGCAAAUCCCCGGGCCACUGGCGUUGGCGAUCGGGUGUUGCUUUAUCCCAUAUAGCCCCAGAUGGUUAAUUCAAAAGGAGCGAUAUCAAGAAGCACAAGCGGUUCUAGCCCUCAUCCAUGGUAGCUGUGACGAUGAUAUUGUGGAGCAGGAUCUAGCUCAGAUCCGAGCUCAGAUUCACGCAGAUUCCAGUCAAGUCACCUCUUUCAAGCUCGCGGUGACAAAACUGCUCUCCCGUCAAUACCUACAUCGCACCUUCAUGGCCUGUUUCAUUCUCGUAAUGGGACAGUUCAGCGGAUCCUCCGUCAUUCAAAACUACCAGAGUAGCUUCUAUGCAGCUGUUGGAUUUACCGGAAAGACCUCUCUUCUGAUCAGUGGCAUCUAUGGAAUAAUGGGCGUCCUGGGUCAGGUAAUUUAUCUCUUUAUUGCAGCAGACAGGUGGCCGCGAACUCGAACAUUAUGGGUUGGAUCGAUUUUCCUCUCUGUUAUGAUUGCAAUUUGCAUGGCUCUAUCUGCUUUCUAUGGGAGUGCAAGCACCGAAAACAUGAGUGGUGCUCGUGCAGCAAUUGCCAUGAUCUUCUUAUACUCUUGCGGCUAUGCAGUCUUUUUCAACGGGACUAUUUGGGUGGUUCCCUCGGAACUGUUUCCUUUCUUCCUUCGAUCGACAGGCAUGGGAGGAAAGACUUUGGAGGAAAUUGCGGAACUAUUUGGGGACACGCUGGCUCCCGACUCAUCAAAAGACAUGAAGGCUGAGGACGGUAUACCUCCUAAGGGGAAAAUCGCUCAAGAGUCGCAAACUUGCGGGGCGUUUCAUGUGGAAAAGAUUGUCUAG